AUGGUCAAAUCAUAUCUGAAAUACGAGCACUCCAAGUCGUUCGGCCUCAUCACAUCGAGCUCGUCCAAUAUCGUCUGGUCCAACAAUCAGAAGACUGCGACUGGGGCAGGCCAAGCCGUUGUUGCCGCCAACGAGGAGGUGAUAUGCUGGGACAUCAAGAAAGGCGAGCUACUGUCUCGGUGGCGCGAUGAGAAUUGCAAGGCCCAGGUCACUGCCCUAGCCCAUAGCAAGACCGACAGCGAUAUAUUUGCGGUCGGAUACGAAGACGGCAGCAUCCGCCUCUGGGACAGCAAGAUAUCCACAACAAUUCUCAACUUCAACGGCCACAAGUCUGCCAUUACGGUAUUGGCUUUUGACAAAUCCGGCGUGCGCUUGGCCAGCGGCUCUAAAGACACCGAUGUAAUAAUAUGGGACUUGGUCGCGGAGGUAGGCCAGUACAAGCUUCGAGGGCACAAGGACCAGGUGACGGGACUGAGAUUCAUCGAGCCGGCUCCUCAAGCGGAGGAUGAAGAUACGCACCAGGCCAUGCAGCUGGACGGGGACGACCAAGGCGAAGGCUUCCUCCUAACAACAGGCAAGGACUCUCUGAUCAAGCUCUGGGACCUGUCAUCGCGGCACUGUGUCGAGACGCAUGUUGCACAAACAAACGGAGAGUGCUGGGCCCUUGGUGUGUCUCCUGACCUGAGUGGGUGCAUCACGGCAGGCAAUGACGGCGAGCUCAAGGUCUGGUCAUUAGAUACAGCGGGCCUCUCUGCCGCAGCACGCCAAGUGGACAUACAGAAUGUGCAAUUUCUUCACGACCGUGGAACACUCUUCAGAAACAGCAAAGACAGGGCGGUUGAGGUGUCAUUUCACCCGCGACGCGACUACUUUGCUGUGCACGGCGUCGAGAAAUCAGUUGAGAUAUGGCGGCUGAAGUCCGAUGCGGAGGUGAAAAAGAGCUUGGCAAGAAAGAAAAAGAGGAGGAGAGAAAAGGCUGCUUCUGGCAAGAAAAGCAAAAAUGCUGCAGAUGUCGAUAUGGGGGAUGACGAAGGACAGGAAGAUGAAGACGCCCAGCCCGAGCUUUCCGAUUUGUUCGCACAGCAUGUCGUUAUCAGGACAACAGGCAAGGUGCGGUCGGUAGAUUGGGCGACGAAUCACGGACACAAGCAGUUGCAAUUGCUGAUCGCAACGACGAAUAACCAGCUCGAACUGUACGACAUCACCGGAAAGGAGAAAUCGAGCAAGUCAAAGAAAGACGACGUACCGGACUACACAAGGUCCCUUGCAGUAGACCUCCCGGGGCACAGAGCUGAUAUCCGUGCGGUCUCGCUGAGUUCGGACGACAAAAUGCUUGCGUCUGCAGCCAAUGGCAGCUUGAAAAUCUGGAACGUCAAGACGCAGACAUGUAUUAGGACCUUUGAGUGCGGAUAUGCUCUCUGCUGCUCGUUCUUGCCGGGCGACAAGGUCGUGGUGGUGGGCACCAAGAGUGGUGAAAUAGAGCUGUUUGACGUCGUGUCGGCAUCCCUCAUCGACAGCGUAUCCGCUCACGAAGGGGCCAUCUGGUCCCUGCAUGUGCACCCAGACGGCCGUUCUGUUGUCACUGGAAGUGCGGACAAGACGAUCAAGUUCUGGGACUUCAAAAUCGUGCAAGAGCAAGUCUUGGGCACCACUAGAACGACCCCAAAGCUGAAGCUGGUGCAGUCCAGGGUCCUCAAGGUUGCAGAUGAUGUUUUGAGCUUGAAGUUCUCCCCCGAUGCCAAACUCCUCGCUGUUGCUCUACUGGACAAUACGGUCAAGGUGUUCUUUACAGACUCACUCAAGCUUUAUCUCAACUUAUACGGCCACAAGCUCCCGGUCCUGAGCAUGGACAUCUCGUAUGACAGCAAGCUCAUUGUCACCAGCUCGGCAGACAAGAAUGUGAGGAUAUGGGGCUUGGACUUCGGAGACUGCCACAAGGCACUCUUUGCACACCAGGACAGCAUUCUUCAGGUCGCCUUUGUGCCUCAUAACUCGGAUGGAAACGGGCACCACUUCUUCAGUACUAGCAAAGACCGAAGCAUCAAGUAUUGGGAUGCCGACAAAUUCGAGCAAAUUCAGAGGAUUGAUGGCCACCACGGAGAGAUCUGGGCACUUGCUGUCAGCCACGGCGGUACUUCCAUUGUCAGCGCCAGUCACGACAAAAGUAUCCGCGUUUGGGAGGAGACAGACGAGCAAAUAUUCCUCGAGGAAGAGCGAGAGCGAGAGAUCGAGGAGCUGUACGAAGGCACGCUGACGACGUCACUCGGGAAUGACGCAGACCCAGAGCAACAAGACGGCGAGGUGGCUGCCGCCAGCAAGCAAACGGUAGAGACCCUCAUGGCAGGAGAAAGGAUUGUAGAAGCACUCGAACUCGGCAUAGAAGAUCUCAAUCUGGUCAAAGAAUGGGAGGAGACGAAACUCGGCAACCCGAGCAUUGCACCACCACAGCGAAACCCGAUCUUCAUGGCCCUGGGCGGCAUCAGUGCCGAAGUCUAUGUCAUGAACACGCUUCAGCGUAUCAAGGCUUCAGCACUGCACGAUGCUCUGCUCGUUCUGCCAUUUUCCGCCGUUCCCUUGCUGUUCACCUUUAUCAACCUCUUCGCAGCGAGAUCCAUGAACAUCCCUCUGACGUGCCGGAUACUAUUUUUCAUGCUCAAAACGCACCACAAGCAAAUUGUGGCUAGCAGGACAAUGAGGGUCAUGCUGGAUGGAAUACGAAUGAAUUUAAGGCAGGCAUUGAAAAGGCAGAAGGAUGAGCUGGGUUACAACAUCGCCGCUCUGAAAGUUGUUGGGAUGCAGAUCCAGGAGAAGAGCAUCAAGAACUACGUUGACGACACUUGGGAAGCCGACGAAGAAGGGCGGAGUACCAGGAAGCGAGCCUUUCUACACGUCUCGUGA